GAGUGAGAUCCUUGUCAAUGCCCUCCUCCCGCAGCAGCAGACGUCCCUAUGAGCCAAUUAGCACGAAAGGGGAGAGUAUUAGCUACUAAAAAGAGGCUUCUCAGUAGCUAACUCUCACUCCGCUGACUCCAAUCAGCAGGAAAGGGCAAGGAAGCAAGUUAGAAGACUCUUCUCAGUGGCCUUUCAUUGCUGAUUGGCUUGUAGGAUGCUGGACGCAUAGGGACCCUGCUGUGACCCUGCUCCCAAAAAAUCAAAGGGGUCAGGGAUCCCUCCCCCUAGACCUCGGACAUAACCGGCCUAGUGGGAGCUGCCGGUAGGACUCUACGGAGAGAUCCAGGAUUGACAAAUGGCUUUUGCAAAAUGAGCCCGAAGAGUUUUUCUAUUCAGAUAGCGACUCGUAUCACUUUAUCUUUAGCUAAUCUGUGUGUCUUCGCGUGCUCUUUCUUCUCACGUCGUACGGCGCAGCUGACGCCAUCAGUGGCAGCCGCGUCCCAGGGCCGUUGCUGGGGCAACGGGCGGAGACGCCGCGGCGGCCUGCGCACUCCGGCCUGGCGAUGCAGCUGCGACAUGUUCGGACUCUGCUCACCCCCCAGGAUGGAGCCGCCAAGGUCACGUGCAUGGCCUGGGCCCCCAACAACGCCCGGUUCGCCGUCUGCACCGUGGACCGGGUGGUCCUCCUGUACGACGAGCACGGCGAGCGCAGGGACAAGUUCUCCACCAAGCCCGCCGACGCCAAGGGGUGACAAGAAGGUGAUCUGCAACAAGUUCAUUCAGACGAGUGCCGUGAUAUGCUUGCUCUGGCCAGAGGAGAACACCAUUGUCUUUGGGCUUGUUGAGGGCAAGGUCCGUUUGGCAAACACCAAGACCAACAAAUCUUCCACUAUUUAUGGGACCGACUCCUAUGUAGUGUCGCUGGCCUCCAACAUCUCAGGAAAGGGAAUCCUGUCUGGGCAUGCAGAUGGAACCAUUGUGCGCUACUUCUUUGAUGACGAAGGUUCUGGCGAGUCACAGGGCAAGCUAGUGAUGCACCCCUGCCCCCCCUACGCCAUGGCUUGGGCAUCAAACAGCAUUGUGGCUGCUGGCUGCGACAAAAAGAUUGUGGCCUAUGGCAAGGAGGGACAUGUCAUCCAGACCUUCGACUACAGCCGGGACUCUUCAGAGAAGGAGUUCACUGUUGCAGCUGCCAGCCCAGGGGGCCAGUCUGUCGUCAUUGGCAGCUUUGACAGGCUGAGAGUGCUGAACUGGAGCCCCCGUCGGAGCGCCUGGGAGGAGUCCAAGCCCAAAGAGAUUCCUCACUUGUACACGCUCACGGCCUUGGCCUGGAAGCGGGACGGCUCACGGCUCUGCGCGGGCACCCUCUGUGGUGGAGUGGAGCAGUUUGACUGCUGUCUGCGCAGGAGCAUUUACAAGAACAAGUUUGAGAUGACAUACGUGGGGCCCAGCCAGGUCAUUGUGAAGAACCUCUCCACUGGGAUGCGAGUAGUAUUGAAAUCCCACUAUGGCUAUGAAAUCGACGAGGUGAAAAUCCUGGGGAAGGAGCGCUACCUUGUGGCCCACACCUCAGACACGCUGCUCCUGGGGGACCUCAACUCCACCAAGCUCAGUGAGGUGGCCUGGCAGGGAUCUGGCGGGAAUGAGAAGUUUUUCUUCGACAACGAGAAUGUCUGCAUGAUCUUUAAUGCAGGAGAGCUGACUCUGGUGGAAUAUGGCAGCAACGAGAUUCUGGGUUCUGUGCGCACUGAGUUCAUGAACCCCCAUCUCAUCAGUGUCCGUAUCAAUGAAAGGAGGCAGCGAGGAAUGGAAGAGAGUAAGCGGCUGGCUUAUCUUGUUGACAUCAAGACAAUAGCAGCUGUGGACCUAGUGGGUAGUUAUAACAUUGGCACCAUCAGCCAUGACAGCAAGAUUGACUGGCUGGAGCUGAACGAGACGGGCCAUAAGUUGCUCUUCCGGGACAAGAAGAUGAAGCUGCAUCUCUAUGGCAUUGAGAGUGCCACCAAGACCGCCAUCCUAAGCUACUGCUCCUAUGUGCAGUGGGUCCCUGGCAGUGAUGUGGUGGUGGCCCAGAACCGGAACAGCCUCUGCGUGUGGUACAACAUCGACACUCCAGAGCGAGUUACCAUGUUCCCUAUGAAGGGCGACAUUGUGGACCUGGAGAGGAGCGAUGGGAAGACUGAGGUGAUUGUGACCGAGGGCGUGAACACAGUGUCCUACACCCUGGACGAAGGGCUCAUUGAGUUUGGCACAGCAAUUGACGAUGGUGACUACCACAGGGCCGUUGCCUUUCUAGAGACGCUGGAGAUGUGUGCCGAGACAGAAGCCAUGUGGAAGACGCUGAGCCGGCUGGCGCUGGAGGCCAAGCAGCUGCACGUUGCUGAGAGGUGUUUUGCUGCCCUUGGACAUGUGUCCAAGGCCCGAUUCCUCCACGAGACCAAUGAGAUUGCUGACCAGGUGGCCAAAGAAUAUGGAGGGGAUGGCACAGACUAUUACCAGGUGCGGGUCCGCCUGGCCAUGCUGGAGAAGAACUACAAGCUGGCAGAGAUGAUCUUCCUGGAGCAGAACGCUGUGGAGGAGGCCAUGGCGAUGUACCAAGAGCUGCACAUGUGGGAUGAGUGCAUCUCGGUGGCGGAGGCCAAAAGCCAUCCUGCGCUGGACAAGUUGCGCCAAGGCUAUUACGAAUGGUUGCUGCAGACCCAGCAGGAAGAGCGGGCGGCUGAGGUUCAGGAAGGCCAAGGGGACCUGCAAGCGGCUGUUGGCCUCUACUUGAAGGCUGGGCUGCCAGCAAAAGCAGGGCGGCUGGCCAUGGGCCGAGAGGAGCUGCUGGGGAACACUGACCUCGUCAACCGCAUCGCCACAGCCCUCAUUCGAGGGGAGCUCUUUGAGCAGGCUGGGGAGCUCUUUGAGAAGAUCCGGAACCCGCAGAGGGCGCUGGAGUGCUAUCGCAAGGGCAGUUCCUUUCUGAAAGCGGUGGAGCUGGCUCGCUCAGUCUUCCCAGCGGACGUGGUGAAGCUGGAGGAGGGCUGGGGGGAUCACCUUGUGCAGCAGAAGCAGCUGGAUGCAGCCAUCAACCACUACAUUGAGGCCAGGUGUGCUGUCAAGGCUAUUGAGGCAGCCAUUGGGGCACGGCAGUGGAAGAAGGCCAUUUACAUCCUGGACAUGCAGGACAGGAAAACAGCUGCCAAGUAUUACCCCAAGAUUGCCCAGCACUAUGCAGCCUUGCAAGAGUAUGAGAUAGCGGAGGAGCUGUAUGUCAAAGGAGACCACAUCAAGGAUGCCAUUGCCAUGUACACGCAGGCUGGGCGCUGGGAACAGGCGCACAAGCUGGCAUCCAAGUGCAUGAGGCCAGAGGAUGUGUCGGUGCUGUACAUCACGCAGGCGCAGGAGAUGGAGCGGCAAGGGAAGCACAAGGAGGCUGAGAGGCUUUACAUCACUGUGGACGAACCAGACUUGGCCAUCACCAUGUACAAAAAGUGCAAGAAGUAUGAUGAAAUGAUUCGCCUGCUGGGCAAGUAUCACAAGGACCUGCUGAGCGACACACACCUGCACCUCGGCAAGGAACUGGAAGCCGACGGGCAUCUGCAGGAGGCUGAAAGUCACUACCUGGAAGCCAAGGACUGGAAGGCAGCUGUGAACAUGUACCGUAUGAACAGCAUGUGGGAUGAAGCCUACAGGGUGGCCAAGGCUCAUGGCGGGGCAAAUUCCCACAAGCAUGUGGCCUUCCUGUGGGCGAAGAGUCUUGGUGGGGAGGCAGCUGUGAAGCUCCUCAACAAGUUUGGACUUCUGGAGAUGGCCAUCGACCACGCAGCGGACAACAACAUCUUUGACUUUGCCUUUGAGCUGGCUAGACUGUCCCUGAAGCAAAAGCUGCCUGAGGUCCACUUCAAAUAUGGCUCCUUCCUGGAAGACGAGGGCAAGUUUGAGGAGGCAGAAGUGGAGUUUGUGAAGGCCGGGAAGCCGAAGGAGGCCGUGUUGAUGUAUGCCCACGCCCAGAAUUGGGCUGCUGCCCAGCGAGUGGCCGAGGCCCAUGACCCAGACAGCGUGGUGAUUGUGCUGGUCGGCCAGGCUGAUACUGCCUUCAAGCAAAAGGAAUUCCAGAAAGCAGAGGCCUUGCUGCUGCGUGCUCAGCGCCUCGACCUGGCUGUGAAGCACUACAAGGAGGCUGCCAUGUGGAGCGAGGCCCUCCGGGUCUGCAAGGAGUACCUGCCUGGUGAUCUGGAGGCUCUGCAGGAGGAAUAUGAGCAGGAAGCAGCCAAGAAAGGACCCAGGGGCAUCGAGGGGAUUCUGGAGCAGGCACGUCAGUGGGAGCAGACAGGCGAAUAUGCCCGGGCCGUGGACUGCUACUUGAAGGUGCGAGACCAAGGCGACAGGGCUCUGAUGGAGAAGUGCUGGAUGAAGGCAGGUGAACUGGCCAUCAAGUUCCUUGGCCAGCCACGGAGUAUUGAGGUGAUGCGGACGGUGGGCCCCCAGCUGGUUGGCAUUGGCAAAUUCAAUGUGGCAGCGGAGCUGUACCUCAACCUGGACCUGAUCAAGGAAGCCAUUGAUGCCUUCAUGGAGGGAGAAGAGUGGAACAAAGCCAAGCGAGUAGCAAAGGAGCUUGAGCCCAGGUACGAGGAAUAUGUGGACCAGCACUACAAGGAGUAUCUCAAGGAUCAGGGCAAAGUGGACUCGUUGGUGGGUGUGGAUGUCAUGGCCGCCCUCGACAUGUACGUGGAGAGGGAGCAGUGGGAGAAGUGCCUCGAGACAGCUGCCAAGCAGAACUACAAAGUGCUGCACAAGUAUGUGGCUCUUUACGCCACCCACCUCAUCCGAGAAGGCAGCUGGGACAAAGCCCUGAGCCUUUACGUCCAACAUGGUGCUCCCUCCAAUGCGCAGAAUUUCAACAUUUAUAAACGUCUAUUUGUGGAGAUGGUGAACAUGGCCAACAUGAACUGUGCAGAGGCCUAUCGCAGCUGGGCUGACCUGCGAGACAUGCUCUUCAACCUGUCCGAGAACCUCAUGAAGUCCAGCGAAGCAAACACGCCAGCUCACGAGGAGUUUGAAACCAUGUUGCUUGUGUCCCACUACUAUGCCACACGGGCUGCAGCCCAAAGCAUCAAACAACUGGACACUGUGGCAGCCAAGCUCUCCAUCGCCUUGUUGCGUCACACGGAGAUCAUCCCCGCAGACAAGGCAUUCUAUGAAGCCGGGACAGCAGCCAAGGGAGUCGGUUGGGAGAACAUGGCCUUCAUCUUCCUGAACCACUUCCUGGACCUGACGGAUGCAAUUGAGGAGGGCUCCCUGGACGCCCUGGACCACUCGGACUUCCAAAACACAGACAUCCCCUUUGAAGUGCCCCUGCCUGCCAAGCAGCAUCUCUCGGAGGAGCAGCGUGAGGAGACCCGCGACUGGGUCCUCACCGUCUCCAUGGACCAGCGGCUGGAGCAGGUGCUGCCCCGGGAUGAGCGCGACACCUACGAGGCCUCUCUGGUGGCAGUGAGCACUGGCGUGCGCUCCCUGCCAUGCCUCAUCUCAGGCUACCCUGUGCUGAGGAACAAGGUGGAGUUCAAGCACCCGGGCAAAGAGGCAAACAAGGAAAGCUGGAACAAGUUCCUCAUGGCUGUCAAGAUGUCGCACAGCCCCUCCUGCCAGGAUGUCCUCAAGUUCAUCAGCCAGUGGUGUGGGGGGCUGCCCAGCACCAGCUUCUCCUUCCAGUGACCCAGGCCCCUGCCAGGCCCUGCCCCUUGUCAUCCUCCAAGCCUUUGUUGUCUUAUUAAACUUCCUGUUUGUA